AUGUCUCCCUCCACUCAAGACGACGGACGUACACUCACCGAAACACAGUCGCAUCAUGAUGACGCUUCCAAACACGCACCCGAGACCGCGCCCGGUCCCCAGAGCCAAACCCUCCUCCACGGCUCAAAGCUCGUGAUCGCCUGCCUCUCCCUCUUCGGCUGUAUCUUCCUGGUUUCGCUAGACCAGCUCAUCCUCACAACUUCAUCUCCCAAGAUCGUCUCCGAUUUCAACGCUCUCGAUGACAUAGGCUGGAUCACCACCGCCUACUUUGUGGGCCAGGCCGCGUUCAUGCUGAUUUUCGGUAAAAUCUUGGCGUUCGCGCCCACCAAGGCUGUCAUCCUCGUCGCCAUCUUCUUGUUCGAGGCAGGCUCUGCCAUUUCCGGCGCGUCGCCCAACAUGGACGUUCUCCUCUUCGGCCGCACGCUGCAAGGCGUUGGCGCUGCGGGCCUAUUCACCGGUACCUUCGCCGCGAUCGCCAACAUUACGACCCUGCACCAACGGCCUCGUGUCAUGGGCAUGGCUGCGAUGGUCUUUGCGCUCGCUUCAGUCAUCGGUCCUUUGGUCGGUGGUGCCUUCGCGGACUCUAGCGCGACAUGGCGAUGGUGCUUCUACAUCAACUUGCCUAUUGGUGGCCUAGCCGCGUUCAUCAUCGUUAUCAUUAUUCCGUACGCGCCUGCUGCACCGUCUCCCGACGGAAAAUCCGGCUGGCGACGUAUUCCGGAAGUAGAUUUCAUCGGCUGUCUCUUGGUCAUGGGCGCUACCGUGUGCUUCCUCGUGCCGCUCACCACCGGCGGCAACACCUUCGCUUGGGACAGCGCCGUUGUAUGCACCCUUUUCCCGCUUUCCGCCGUCUUCUUCGUCGCGCUGCUGUUCUGGUGCCGAUACCGCGGCGAGCGUGCUGUCCUCCCGUUGUUCUUGCUCCGCAACCGAAGCAUGAUCGGCGCUUCGGGUCACGCCUUCAUGAUCUGGGGUGGCAUGAUGAUCUCCUCCGUGUUCCUUCCGUACUACCUUCAAGCCGUGAAGGGCGUUACCGCCACGCGAUCCGCGAUCGAGAUGCUUCCAUUCACCCUCGUCACCACAUUCUCCGCUGCGUUCGCCGGCACGCUAAUCUCGAAAACGGGCCACUUCUGGCCCUGGCUCGUCGCCUCUCCGGCUUUCGCUGCGAUCGGAUACGGCUUGCUGUACACCCUGGACGUGGACUCGAGCAUGUCGAAGGUUUACGGAUUCCAGGUCAUUACCGCUUUCGGCAUCGGCGCGAGCAUGCAGCAGAACAUGUUGGUUCCGCAAGUCCUCUACCACGACUCACCGACCAACACCCGACUGGGCAUCUCACUCGUGUCCUUCAUUGCCUUCAUCGGCCGUUCCGUCGCCAUCUCCACCGCGUCUGCCGUCAUGCUCAACGAGGUUCGUAAAGAAGUCCCCAAGACGCUACCCAACGCCCCCGCAGAUAUCCUGAAGUUGGUCGAGAGCAGCGUCGAGGCCGUGCGCACUUUACCCGGUGAAUACAAGCAAGGCGCGAUCAUCGCGUACGCCCGCGCACUCCGCGUCGCGCUCGUCAUCGGUGUUCCUUUCACUGCCUGCUCCAUGCUCGCCGCGCUUUUGAUCACCCGGCAAAAGAUGGUCAAACCUGGUCCUCCAGCGGACGACGCGGAGGCCAAGGCUGCCGUCGCACCCGUUGCGGAACCCGCCGCAGGCACAUCGUCGGACUCUGCAGAUGUUGAAAAGCACUAGAGCAAUGACGCGUAAGGCAUCAGAGAACACAAUGAAAUGGACCAUCUCACGACACAUGACACACACACACACACAUGCAUGCAUCGGUAUCCCUUGGCGUCGCGUAAUACGGUGGACUUUUUAUAGGAUGCGAAUCCGGAUGAUGUCUAUAAUAGACCGACCCAACGACGCUCACC